AUGUCACCUCCCUCACCUUCCCACGCCUACUUUGCAAGCAUACCCUGGACAUCCUCUCUUCUCACCCCUUCCACCAUCACCGCAGAACCUCGCUCACGCACCCCUAAACCCUCUUCUGAAGACUCUCUCAUCGCAACCACCCUUUUGACACCCACAACAAUACCCCAUUGUUUAAUCUUCUACCCUCGUCCAUCUUCUUCCCUCUCCUCAUCCGCCUCGAACAACAUCUCCAUCCUCUUCGCCCUCGGCUCAUCCCUGAACGGCCACCCUGCAAUCCUGCACGGCGGCAUAACAGCAGUCCUCCUAGACGAAAGCAUGGGAAUGCUACUUCUGCACUCUGCACCUUCAAUUCCUACAUUUACAAAGACGUUGAAUGUAGAGUAUACAGCGCCGAUCCGCACGCCGGGGAUUGUGCUUGUGGAGGUUGAGGUAGUGGAACGACGAGGAAGGGGAGUGAGGUUGCAGGCGAGGGUUUUGCAGAAGGAGAGGGAGGGUGAUGAGGGGGGAUUGGUGGUUUGUGCGAGGGGUGAGGGGGUGUUUGUUAAGCCUAGGGAGGUCAAGUUGUAG